AUGACCUCGCCCGCAAGAAAUGAUCCGGGAGAUGAUGUGGAGUUGGGGGAGCUCCUGGGUGGCGAGCUCCACGACUUUGACGACGAGGGCUGGAGCCCAGAAGACGCAGACCUGAUCGCUGCCUUCCUUGAAGUGGCGGCGGCAGCGGUGGCGGCGGCAACAGCAGCGCCUUCGAAGCUUUCGACCUCGGCUUUCGCUGUCAGCCCGGUGCUGGGUACGCCAUCCACCAGCGACGGCAUCAAUCACGCGCUGGCGAUGGCCAUCCAGGCCCUCACGAUCGCCAACAGAGCAGCGGACGACAGUCGCCUGGCGAGUUCUCCGGAGACGAUGAGCGGGAACAAGCAGGAAAGACUCGCCACCGCGUUGGCCGAGUAUACGGAGGAGAUGUCGAUGGCUGCCCCUCGUACGUCUGCGACGGAGAUGAUAGACGCCGCGUUGGCUGCCUGCAUGGAACAACUCUUGUUCCUGGAGGAGCGGACGUUCGCUGAAAAAGAGACCGCGUUCAGCGAUGAGGUGGCAGUGCGGGCGGACCUGGGACGGGCCAUGAUGGCGCUCAACCACGAGAAGAGGAAGAGGAAGAGGGAGGCGGAGAUCCGGGCAAUCAUCGGUCAUGUCCGGAAGCGGCGGUCGAAACGGAUCCGCUCGGCGGCCCUCUCCAACGUUCGGAAGGAGCGAGACGCCAGGCCGGUGUGGGACCACUUCUGCUUGAGGGAGAUGUGGAAAGCGGGUGAAAUCGUGACCCUGUGA